AUGCCGUGGUCAAGGAUGGCCUUUUGGGCACUCACUGCUGGCAUGGCCGCAGUUACCAAUGCCCAGGCAUCUGGAUGGGCCGAGGGCCAAGUCAAUGCGACAAUGUGCGCAUGGCAGAACCCAAGAGCGGCCCAGAUUCGAGAUACACUGUACAUUGAUGGAGGAUAUCUCUUCUGGGUGCCGGGCAUGUCUGAUGGGACAUACGGCCCUGCAACCCAGGACAACAAUCCUCUUGGGUUGAUUUAUACAUUGAACUUUAGUAAACCAUUUAAUUCUUCUACUAAUAUAAGCGACAUCAUGGAGACAAUAUCAAAAGCUCCCAAUGGAAAUGCGGCCAACAACCUUGCGCCCAACUUCUUUGACGGCGCCAUGCUCCACAACGAUGCCGAGUUCUUCUUAUACGGCGGCCUAACAACCAGGACUGACAAGUAUCAACCACCAGAUGCCGAUGAUGUACUCGCAUACGAGUUAUAUCAGUAUGGUGCAGAGAAGGAGCAAUGGUUUCCCGGCUUCCUCACAGACAGCCUUGGCGACGACAUUACGAGGUAUCUCGCCUUUGGCGGCGGCGUGAGCGCGCCUUCGGAACAAAAGGCUUGGUAUUUCGGUGGACUACGAUCGCAGACCUGGGGCCCGAUUUACUACCCAGGCAUCAAUGAUAGUCUUAACCCGCUGGACGCGUCCAACACCCUCCUGACCCUGGAUAUGGCUGAGCAACAGCAGGAGACAUGGGCCAACGACACGCUUCCUGGUGAAGUCAAAGGGCGUGGUGGUGUCGAUGUCGUUUGGGUGCCCGUAGGAGAUCAAGGGAUCCUUGUUGCACUCGGGGGUGUGGUCUAUCCGGACUUUAACAAUGGAAAUCUGACCUCGCAGAACAGAGGCCAAAGCGAAACCGACAGUCCAGCAUUCAUGUCAACUAUUGACAUUUUUGACAUUGCCGGCAACAGAUGGUACCAACAGCCCACUAUUGCCGGGCCGAAUCAGCUUGCUCUUGGUUGUGCUGUUGUUGCUGCAGCCCAGGACGGUUCGAGCUUCAAUAUCUACUACUAUGGUGGCUACAACGGUCUGGACAUGGAUCAGCCUUUCAAUGAUGACGUAUGGAUCUUGUCUCUGCCCUCAUUCAUGUGGAUGAAAGUCGCUUCGGGAACCGAGGCACACGCCCGCGCUGGCCACCGCUGCGUCAAGCCGUACCCAGACCAAAUGGUUGUCGUGGGAGGUUACCGCCCUCUUUCGGGAUCGGGAUCGCUAGACUGCCUCGAAGACACCAAUAUUGUUCAAGCAUUCAACCUCACAGAAGGCAAAUGGAUGGACUCGUAUGACCCAGAGAUAUAUGAGGACUAUGGCGUCCCCGAGAUGAUCCAUCUCAUGAUUGGCGGCAGCUGGACUGGUGGUGCCACAAUGACUACACCAACUCCUACUGGAUGGGCGACACCAUCGCUUUCGGAAGUCUUUGAAAAGGCCUAUCCGACCUCGAAGCUGACCAACUAUUAUCCCUAUGGUCGAGAUGACGGUGGCAGCGGCAGAUCGGACGUUUCGAGCGGCAGCGGCACGCCUCCAUGGCUUGCGCCCGUGCUCGGUGUAGUGCUCGGACUCGUCUUCAUCACGGCCAUCAUUGUCGGCGUCCUGCUCUACCGCCGACGCAAGCAACUCAUGCGGAAACCAGGGGCGAGCGAAGUCGCCACGGAUGAGAACGGCCACCGCAUUCUCUCCUGGAUGCGUGGACAGGACAACAAUGGCAAGGCGCAGACAGUGACCAGCGAGGAACCGCAAACGUUCGACGAUGUUGAGAGCCGAGUGGGCGGACAGACGCCCUAUCAGACACAUCCUGAGAUGGCCAAGGCGCAGCCGGCGCACGUCAUGGCUGAGAUGCCCGACACACCAUUGUUUGAAAUGAUGGACACAUCUCCUCGUGUAGAGCUGAGCGAUACGGGCCUGACGCCUGUAGACAUUAUCAACAAGCACUCGCAUUUUGCUCGCUCGCCGCACACGGCAACAACGCCGACAAACCCGUCUUCAUUUUCAAACUACUCUAGCAACAUUGAGCAUGCCUCGAUAUCGACAAACUCGCAGACACGAGGCAUCUUCCCCGGCUCUGAAGCCCGACCAGACUCCCCGGCGUUACCCAUCACGUCGGCAUCUACGCCGCCACUGGGAGCCGCUCAGCCCCCGCCCGACAACAGGGUGGUGUCGGACCUGAGCGGCAUCAGCAACCGUGAGCAGGCGCACCUGCGAAACAUCAGUGACGCAAGCGUCGUCAGCUCGGGCGCGGGCGUUGUUGGCACAGCGCCGCCGACGCCCGUCAUGGGCCACGCAUUUCCCUCGCCCGCCCUCGUGAGCCCCCCGAGCGCGGGCCCGGAAGGGCGGGAGGAUUACUUUCAGAGCGUGGGCCAGACUCUGAACACGGGCAACUCGUCGUCGGGGACGCCACUCGGCUCAGGCGCCUCACCAUUAAGACGGAGUGUCUUUGUGGAAAGCCAAGACGACCUGGGACUAAAGGGCGACAGGCGGUGA